GUCUGAGUGGCGGGGACUGAUGCACGACCCCUGCACGGGCCCCGCCGAGCGGGCAGGGAGGGCGGGCGGAUCGGGACGGGCCCGCCCGCCGUCCCUACCCGCUCGCCGGGGCGGAGGCCAGGCAGCACCGCCUCCCCGAGGCGGGAGGCUCUGGCGGUGGCGCACGGCGAUGCGGUUCCCCGGUGGGACGCCGCCAGCCCGGUUCUUCCUCGCCCUUUGCGUCUGGAGGCUGGUGCCGCGCCGGGAGGCCGCAGGAACAGAGGAGGUGGUCUUUGGGAAGGUUGGGGGAAGCAUCCUCCUUUUAUGCCGAAAUGUCUCCAAAGAAGCGACCGAGGUGGUCUGGUUUCAAGGGGAUCCACACUCUUUCCCCCCACUCUUCUCCUCGAGGGUCACCUUGCCCCCAGACGUCCGUUUCUCCCUGGUUGACAACAGCUCCCUGCGCAUCACAGAGCUGCGCCUGCAGGACGAAGGCAACUACACCUGCAAGGAAGUGCUGAACAAGACGGACCAUGAGCACAGGGUCCAGCUCCUGGUAGCCAAUCCACCGCACUCAACCCCAAAGUGCUGGGCUGAGACUUCCUUGCCAGGGCUGAUGCUGCAGCUGUUUUGCAGCUGGCCUGGGGGGUACCCCCACCCCACCCUGCACUGGAGAGAAGAGGGGCACGACCUGGAGAACUCAAGCUGGAUCAUCAGCUCCACAAGCUCCUCGGACACCCACGUGGAAACACUGAACAGCUCCCACCUCUCCCACCGCAAAGUGUUCAAGUGUGUCGGGAGCCAUGUUGUCAAGCAGGAGGAGCCUGCAUGCACUGUGGAGAUAAAAAUCCCUUCACUGGAAUCAGAGCCCCCAAAAACCUGCUUUGUGGGUGACAAUGUGACCCUGACAUGCCGUGUGACUGAGAGCACCCCGGCAGCGAGGCUCACCUGGCUGAGGAGCAUCACCCAGCCAGAGGUGGAGAUCCAGCCCGGAGGGAGGUACCUCAUCGCCCAGGAGGGCAACGUGUCCCGGCUUACCAUCCAGAACUGCUCCCAGGGCACCGACGGGGGCUGUUACGUCUGCAAGGCGCAGAACCCCGUGGGGCUGAGGGAGUUGUUCGUCUGCCUGACGGUGAAGCAGCCGGUGAACAUUGUUGGGGUCGUGGGUGCAGUGGUGGUCCUGUCCCUGCUGGCUAUUCUCACCGUCACCGGGGUCGUCUUGUACUACAAUCCUCUCCUGUGCCUGAGAGGUGCUGCAUUCAGGUUAGUGUGGAUUUUGCCCAGCCCAGUCCGCGUGGCCUCGCUAGUCCACCUCCCGGCAGUGGUGAUCUCCCUGUGGGGUGGGGAAUCCACCUCAGCGGCAGGAGCAAAGCUGUUCGUAUGUGGGAGCUGUGCCUCCCACAGUGGCGGGCAUGACUGAGACUUGGUGAGGGUGUGGGAGCAGGAGGAUGAAGGGAGAGGAAAGCAUCAUCAGGAGUGGCAUCACUUUGGGAUGCGCAGGGAUGGUGCUGGAAACAUUAGUGUGGAGGGGGCUGUGCGGGAGAGCUGUUCCUUGGCACAGGUGAGCCCAAAACUUGGAGAGUAAAUAGAAAUGGCCAUCUCUGCCGCUCUGUGUGGGUGUUUGCCCGUGUCCUUCCCCUCUCAGGAGGGAUGUCUGACAGCUGCAUGUGAACAAGUGCCUUCCUGGGGUUCAGGUGCACCAACUUCUUCUCUGCUUGCUGCUCGCACCCCUCCUGGCCCCUCUCCCUUCCGUUGGUCCUGUUCCUACAGCUGUGGUGCUGCGGCAUGGGAAGACUCUUUUCUGAGUGCCUUUGUUUCCCCAUCUUUGUUUCCCCCAUGGGAGGGGAGAAUAACUCCACUCGGGAGGGGCUCAUGCAGUUUAGUGCAGGAAUAUUCGUUAAGUGGUCGGAGGACUUUGGAGGACGCGUGGGAAGCAACGCGGAAUGCCAUUGGUGGUGUGGCUGCUGGCAGGGUCCGAAACCAGCUGUUCUUUGAACACGGUUAGUGCAGGGUUGGAAGAGUCCAUCAAAAGCGGUUGUUUCGGUGUAGAGUGUUGUCAAAGCCUGAGGAGGCACAGGCUGGAGAGAGGGGUCAGGACGGGCUGUCCUCAGCCUUUCAGCCCACCUCCGCUUGCUCUGCUGUUCACAGGAAUCAAGACUCAGGUGAUGUCUUAGUGCUGGUGGACUCAGAAGACGAGGAUGAGGGGAAGGGGGAAGAGGAGACGGUGAGCAGCUCCACCAAGCACGAGGCGAUGGUGCUGGUCGAUGGGAACAGC